AGAUUUUUUGAGAGGUUCUAAUGUGGAGCAGAUAAUACUAAAAAACACUGGUGUCAAUGGCCUUGGUAAGUUGGAAUCUGAAUCCGGCCUCGACCUGACCUCCAAAUCCCCAACCAUGGCCGCUUCCCCGCCGCCGAUUGCUACCGUGGACCACCCCCGCCUUCUCCUCCAUGGUUUCCUCUCCCCCGAGACCUGCAAGGAGCUGGAGUUCGUGCACCGGAGCUGCGGCACGGCGGGGUACCGCCCGUCAGUGGUGUCUACGUCGCUGCCGCACCUGGCUGCCACUGGCUGCGGGCACCUCCUGCUCCCCUUCGUGCCUAUCCGCGAGCAGCUCCGCGACGCCGUCGAGUCCUUCUUCUCGUGCCACUUCGACCUCUUCGUCGAAUUCACCGGACUUAUCAGUUGGUGCAAGGGAGCUUCUAUUGGAUGGCACAGUGACGACAAUAAACCUUAUCUUAGACAAAGAGUCUUCACGGCUGUGUGCUACUUGAACAAUCAUGGAAAGGACUAUAAGGGUGGAAUUUUGCGGUUUCAGGAUGGGGAACCCUCCUGUGUUGUUCCAGUUGCUGGUGUAAGCAGCACACACACAGAUGUUGUCAUCUAUACUGCUGACAGUCGUAAUGUCCACUGUGUAGAUGAGGUCACUGAAGGUGAAAGGCUCACCGUUACUCUUUGGUUCACCAGAGAUAGUGCCUAUGAUGAAGAUCCAAAGCUCCUUGCUUUUCUCUCCCAGACAUCAUUGAGCUAUGAGCCAGCUUUUCAGAAUUCUUACAUUCCUUUACCAGCCUCGGAUAACAUGUACUGGUUUUCCUAUGAUCAGUCUGGUUUUGAUAUACGAUAUGCUAGAUUGCACAUUCUUGGAUUUAUUUUCUGUGCAAGCAGUGACCAAGACAGUAACAGUAGAUCUGUUCCAGCAUCUGAAGACCCUAUAGAGUUGCUUGGGAAGCCACUACGAGUUGGGAGGAGAUACGAUGUCUUCGAGAAGAUAUUUGCCAACAGCUUACAUGCUCUUCAGGUGGUGCAGUUCUACUACUGGAAAGCACCUGAGUUGGCAGCAAGGAGAAAACAGACUGCUGGUGGUUCAGAAACAGUUUGCAAUCAUACUAUACAAAUACAACAAUCAAGAGGAAUGAAACUACCAUUGCCGUGCGACCAUGGCCUUGCACAAACCAUAUUUGGAUCUUAUGACAAUAUGGAGUUUGCUUUUGAAUGGAGCGAUUUUGUGUUAGCAGUUGCUAUGUGGGAGAGUUAUUCAGAAGAAUUGAAGAGAAAGUUGUCAACAUUUCUGCCCUUUUGGCUGUCCAAUGAAACAAUUUUUGUUGUUAAUUCCUCCGAAACCCAGGUAUAUUGUGAAGGGAAUUCAGCACUGACCUGAUGAUAUGGAAAUAUAGCAUAACGAUAACAUAAAUAUGACGUUAUCUAGCAUUAAUCCAACAAAUCUUUGGAGAGUCUUGGAUUUAAAUGUUAGCUCUUACCUGUUCUAUUUUGAAGAACGUUCUAUAUGAGUCGUCAGUUACCUUGCAAGCAGGUUAUAUUUACUUUUUGCCUGCGUUUUCACAAGUGUAAAUUUAGUAUACUAUUUAUAGUUUUCAUGCCUGAUGUAAUAGUUUUUAGUACUUCUUUCACUCUUAAUAGUCUUGCACUCUUGUUGAAUCCUUACCAAUAUGCAAAGGUGACUACUUAGUUUAUAUGCCAUCUCUCUAAAUGUGUAUCACAUAAGUAAAUCCCUGUGACUGUUUUAUCCAUCAGAAGUUCAGAACCAAUGAAUGAACACCAACAUACUUGUACAGAAUUCACAGCCAGUCUAAUAUUUA